CAAAGUUAGCCCGGCGCCCCGGGACGAGCCCCGCAGCCGCCCGCGGGCCCUGGACCCCGCGUCGGCAUGGGCGAGCACCCCAGCCCGGGCCCCGCAGUGGCCGCCUGCGCCGAGGCGGAGCGCAUCGAGGAGCUGGAACCCGAGGCCGAGGAGCGGCCGCCGGCGGCGCCGGAAGACCACUGGAAAGUCCUGUUUGAUCAGUUUGACCCUGGGAACACAGGCUACAUCAGCACAGGCAAGUUCCGGAGCCUCCUGGAGAGCCACGGCUCCAAGCUGGACCCGCACAAAAGGGAGGUGCUCCUGGCUCUCGCCGACAGCCAUGCAGACGGGCAGAUCUGCUACCAGGAUUUUGUCAACCUGAUGAGCAACAAGCGGUCCAACAGCUUCCGCCAGGCCAUCCUGCAGGGGAACCGCAGGCUCUGCAGCAAAGCCCUACUGGAGGAGAAAGGGCUGAACCUCUCCCAGCGGCUGAUCCGCCACGUGGCCUACGAGACCCUGCCCCGGGAGAUUGACCGGAAGUGGUACUACGACAGUUACACCUGCUGCCCCCCGCCCUGGUUCAUGAUCACAGUCACACUGCUGGAGGUUGCCUUUUUCCUCUACAAUGGAGUGUCGCUGGACCAAUUCGUGCUGCAGGUGACCCAUCCGCGGUACCUGAAGAACUCCCUGGUUUACCACCCGCAGCUCCGAGCACAGGCGUGGCGCUACCUGACGUACAUCUUCAUGCAUGCGGGGAUAGAACACCUGGGACUUAACGUGGUGCUGCAGCUCCUCGUGGGGGUGCCCUUGGAGAUGGUGCAUGGAGCAACCCGUAUUGGGCUUGUCUACGUGGCUGGUGUUGUGGCAGGGUCCUUGGCAGUGUCUGUGGCUGACAUGACUGCACCGGUCGUGGGCUCCUCUGGAGGAGUGUAUGCGCUCGUCUCUGCCCACCUGGCCAACAUCGUGAUGAACUGGUCAGGCAUGAAGUGUCAAUUCAAGCUGCUGCGGAUGGCUGUGGCCUUGAUCUGUAUGAGCAUGGAGUUCGGGCGGGCCGUGUGGCUCCGGUUCCACCCAUCGGCCUACCCGCCGUGCCCUCACCCCAGCUUUGUGGCGCACUUGGGCGGCGUGGCUGUGGGCAUCACCUUGGGCGUGGUGGUCUUGAGGAACUACGAGCAGAGGCUGCAGGAUCAGUCGCUGUGGUGGAUCUUUGUGGCCAUGUACACGGUCUUUGUGCUGUUCGCUGUCUUCUGGAACAUCUUCGCCUACACCCUGCUGGACUUAAAGCUGCCACCCCCUCCUUAAGGCGCUGGGGGACCCAGGUCGGUGGGGAGGGCCUAGCAGCAGCAGGAAGGAACAUGGACUUUCUCGUUCUCGGCACCAGCUCUGAGAGGCCAGGGAGGAGAGGACGAGAUGCUGGGCCACGGUGAUGUUGGUGUUCAGGUUUGGACAAUGGGGCCUCUCUUUCUGAAAGGUUCCUGCUGGAUGAGUUGGAUGCAGCCACCAUUGUUUUUCUAGGCUGUUCUGAGGGCAUCGGGCCAGGGUGAAGGCCUGGGGUGGGGUGAAAGCAGCCCUCCCCUUGCGCUGGGCUUGUUCUGUGUAUUCAGGCGACGCUUCCCUCGUCACAGACUGAGCGGCAGCCGCCUCCCUCAUCCCCACCCUGAGAUGGCAGGAAGACCCGAGGGUAGGGCAGCCAGGCAGGCCCUUGUCCAGCCCAGAGAUACAGUUACAGGCCAGGAAAUCUUCGCUCUACAGCUGUUGGCUUUGGAGCUCUGGAGUGGAGGAGGGCCUGGCGGUGGACAUGUUGGGUUUUGGUGUAGGAGAGCCCAGGGUGCACUCCUGGUGGUGGGCACUGGCGCAGGCAGAGGAGGGAGAUGCUGUAACUCCAGGCCUCACUCUUGCCCUGGGGAUAUCCAGUAAGAGAUACCCAAGCAGGAGGGAAUAAACUUCAUCCCAAGCACUACCCUCGGCAAGGCCCAGCACCAGCUUUGGGUUUCUCCCUCCCUGUCUCUCAGAAUGCUGACAUCUCAUAUCGGUGCCCCAGCAUCCCAUGUCCUGCCUUGUUUUUAGAGCCUUUUCCUUCCCUUCCAUUGCCCUGACCCUACAUUGUGCCACCCCUUGGUCAUGGGGAUGUGUGUGUGUGUGUGUGUGUGUGUGUGUGUGUGGUUCGGUGGGUGAGGACAUCCAUGGGAUGGUAGGAGAUGCCAUGGGAAGAACGUGAGGGAAGUCAGAGGCUGCAGAGGAAGCCCAUGAGGGACAUGGGUGUGUGUGGAAGGGUCUGUGUGAGAGGAAAAAAGGUGCUGAGUAGUGGGAGGGUGUGACCCCUGAGGAUCUGGCUUUCGGCAAAGCUAGCCCCUUCUUUCCCAUUCCUCAUCCUUUCCAGGCGUCUCCCUGAGAACCACUGACCAGUGGGAGACUUGUCCUUGGUGGAGGGAGACCUUGGGCCCUUCCGGGGAUGCUCAGGAUGCCGCGGUUGGCCUUUGCCAAGCUCCCUUCUUGUUCCCCUCUGGAAUCACCUUCACAUCUGAGAUGGUUCUGUUCUGUUUUCCUUACGAGGGAAGGAGCUUUGGGGGUGUCAGAGAGGCCACGGCAGGAAUAUUGAAGCCAUGUGUCCAUUGAGUAGGGGGCACUGGAGGCUGCGGUACAAGAAAUUCCAAUUUAGGGGAAAACUGCUUCUGGAGAAUUGUUGGGUAUUGGGAUGAGGGUCAGAGGUGAGGGCAGCCCAUAGAUGCAGAUGCUCAGAGCUUGGAGGGAACUUGGCUAUUGUCAGGUCCAUCCCACCCCAAGGCACAAGUGGGAAAAUGAGGCUAAGGGAAUGACUCCCGAGCAGGAGCUGAUACAGGCCCUGAGGAGAGGGGGAGGGGAGGACGGCUUUUGACAAAAUACAUGAUUCCCUGUAUACUGCUCUUGGAAUUCCCAACCACUGACAACCCAGAAGGACAAAGAACUCCAGUCCAGGAGGCAGAGGGACUGGGUCCAUGCAGGGGCGAGGGCAGGAGCUUAGUCUGGAGUCAGCCAGACCAGGCAGUUGGGGGUCUUGGGCCGCUGUGGCUUCCUGUCCUCAGUGAUCACAUGUGAAGGGACAGGGUCUCCAUGCAGCCCCAGGCUAUGCCAAGCCCUUCCCCGUCUUUGCCUGGUGCUCGAUAGAUUGUCCGGGUCCCCCCGUGUGGCUCCUGAGGUCGUGCUGCCCUCGUGCUGGCACAGUACUGAGGACUGCCAGGCCCAGCUGGCGCGGGCCCAGAUCGGGGGCUGGGCCGCCUCACCCUGAGGCAUCUUGUCUGUGUCCUGCCAGCCUGUCUCUGCCCCACUGAGGGAAGGGUGUAGCUGGGAGAGUCAGCUUCCUAGGAGAGGAGAGCAAGUUGGAACUGGGGCUGAGAGGACUUGGGUAAGGAUGGAGGGGGGGCCCUGGCCACGGGCUGCAGCCCCUUCAACCUGAAUGGUGCUGUCCCUCCCUGGAGGAAUGGAGGCAGCCGGUGCCCUACGGAGAGGCAGGGCGUCCCUCCAGGCCCCCCCCCCCCGUAUUCUGGGUAGUGGGUGGAGGGAGUGGAGAGUCCCCCCCCCCGCCUUCGUCUGGUGUGGCCUGGAGAGGGGUCUCCCUCUCGCAGUGGUGAGAAGAAGACUCUAGAAAGGCCUCAGAGAAGCGCCCUGUUCCCUCAGGGCCACAGAUGGGAGCUUGCUACCAAGAAGGACUGCCUGAGGGGAAAAUCCCAUUUGCCAUCCUGUCUCAGACCACCAACGGAGCCUCAUCUAGCCUCAGGCCAUGGGCCCCAGCUGUACCCUGUCAGCAGGGUCCAAAAGGAACCCCAAAGUUCUUUGGUCAGCUUCACACCCCCCUCCCCACCCUCGCCCAACCAUCAGCUCCAAGCAGGGCCACCCAGUGGGGUCCAUGGUCACUCCAUACAACCCAGGUCUCCAAACCAGGGCCAGAGAUCAUUGUCUGGUAAGAAAGGUUUCUGUUUUGGUGUCUGGCUUUCUCCUCGGCCACUCCGCGCACCCUCAUCCCUGGCACCCUGCCGGCAACCCAUCCCCAUCAUCCCUCCUUCCUGAGCCCAUACAGCCACCCGCCCAGUGUGCCUCUUGGGGCUGUGGAGGGUGGCUGGCCUUCCAUCCAUGGGACACAGAAACUGAAAGCUGGGGAUUCCCCAAAAAGCAGCCAUAGAUUUGCUAGUUCGUUAAAUGGAAGCGGAAUCACAGAAACUAGGGAAGGGAAAACAAAUCUUCAAAGGAGAAAUUUGGCUUUAAUGACACCAUUAGUCAUUCAUUUUUUUUAAUUAGGAAAAGCUCCCUUAUGAGGCAUUUUUGCCAGCUAAUAGGACUCAACAUUUCCACGAGGACCCUCCUUACCCGGAGGAUUAGGGGAGUCAUGGCUCACCAAACCCAGAUCUUCCCCCCAGGGUCCAAUGUCAUUUGCAAAGAAUGCAGAUUCCCGGGUGCAGUGGAAGCCCUUUCCUGGCGUCCUUCAUGUUGCUCCCAGGGCUGGCCAAAAAGCCCCGAUACUCCUCUGCCUUAAAAAAACAGUGCCCAACGCUGAAUUUCCGCACCCCUCCCCGCAAAGGACUUGAGUAAGUGGGAAACAAAAGGAAACACAAGCUGCAAUGUUUGUUUCUAAAUAUUUUUGUAUUGUGUACAUUCUGUAUAUUUUUGUUGUAACAUAUUAUUUGAACACAGAUUCCAUUAAAGAUUUUUUUUU